UUGCCCAUGAAGACGAACACCAUCAAGAAAGCAAUGGAAACGUUCGAAAGAUGUGAGAUAUAGAAAUGAGGUCUCUUCAGUCAGAAUAAAGUCACUUUGCUCAACUCCAACUGUCUAACAUCAAUGGGAAUGCACAAUGACCAGUUGCUUCUGUUUUUUCAUAUCCUUCCUCCUCGGCACUAUUUCAAAUGCGAUGGCAAACAACUGCACGCUGCUACCGUCUGAUCUGUUAAAUUGUGCACAAAAACAAGGGGUAGUGCGUUUUCCGGACGAUGGCGCCGGAUAUGGCUUCGGAUUUGGAACGAAGUGGCAUUUAAAUGUCUACGCCUGUGCUCAUCAAACCGUGGUCAACCGGUGUGCAACUAAUGCUGAAUCCCACUUUCGUAUGAGAAUGUGGCAGUUUAUCUUCGAUGCCUCCAGAUAUACUAGGGCUGCCCACUACCUAUGUCGACUGCACAACCUCAGCAUUUUUCGGAUGCAUCGAGAUUCAUGCCUGUUACCUUACGAGCAACAAGUAAACGCCUGUUCUGAAGCCUACACCUCAUUACUGGCAGCCACAACGCUUAGACUGGCUGUGAACAAUCCAUCCAAUUUGACAAACGAAUGGGCCUACGCUGAUUAUAUGAUUCAAGAACUAACAAGGACGUACUGCGUAGGAAUCAAAGAGAAGAUUCAGUGUGUGACCGCACGGCUUAAGGAACCAUGUACGGAGGACGUCAUCUCACUCGUUCGUAACUAUUACAGAGAAACUCUCCCAGAAAACUGCCCAACACAGGCUGAGGAAAAGACACAAAUAUUUGGACCAGUCAAACGAACGACUAGCGGAACCUCGAACCCAAACAAAAAGAUAUUCCAGAACUCAUAUUUAUCAAAGACCUCCCCAUCCAAAGGAAAGUCUUGCAGAUUCAGCAUCAACUACAGACGGUAUUUCUUUAUUGGUUUAAUUUCCGUUAUAUUGAAAGAUACUCUACAAAUU